AUGGUAACUUCGGCCAAACCCGCAACAAUCGCCGAGGUUGUAACUCUGGCUGUCAGCCUUACUGAAGACGCUGUUCGAAUGAAGAAGUUAUCGUUGAACCCAACAGAAAAGGCUGAAACGCAUGCUGAGUCGUCUGGGCACAAGAAAAGGAAGCAUGCGAACCUGAACCAAGCGACACAUAACAACAAGGGUUCCAACAAGAAGCAUGACGCUAACCCGCCACAGGAGGCGAAAAAUCUUGCAACCAUGAAUGACGCUCCUGCCAAAAGAUACCUGGGCACUCUGCCCAUUUGCAACAAUUGCAAGCGUCAUCACGAAGGGGUUUGUCGCAUUCCAAAAUGCGACAAGUGUGGAAAACUGGGUCACCAUGCUGAGGACUGUUGGGGAAAAGGAAAGAACGGGAAUGGAAACCGCAACGGUGCUGGUAAUAGGAACGGUGGUGGAAAUGGAAAUGGCAAUGGUAACAGGAAUGGUAACGGGAAUGGGCAGAACCAAGGAUGCUUCAGUUGUGGAAGCAAGGAUCAUUUCGUGAAAGAUUGCCCAGGGGGAAACAACGCUCAGGCUCGAACAUUUGUAAUAUGGGAUGAUCGGGGAUUUCAGUGA